CGAGGGUGCCACCUCAGAUUCAAGCGGACCACGUUGCCUGUUUUCCUCUGCACACCAGGGCAGCCAUUGUUGAAGCAUGAGUUCUCACCAGCAGAAGCAGCCCUGCACAGCUCCUCCUCAGCUGCAGCAGCAGCAGCAGGUGAAGCAGCCUUGCCAGCCACCACCUCAGGAGCCAUGUGUCCCCAAAACCAAGGAGCCCUGUGAUACCAAGGUUCCUGAGCCCUGCCACCCCAAGGCUCCUGAGCCCUGCCACCCCAAGGUUCCUGAGCCCUGCCACCCCAAGGCAACUGAGCCCUGCCACCCCAAGGCCCCUGAGCCCUGCCACCCCAAGGUUCCUGAGCCCUGCCACCCCAAGGUACCUGAGCCCUGCCACCCCAAGGCACCUGAGCCCUGCCACCCCAAGGCUCCUGAGCCCUGCCACCCCAAGGCACCUGAGCCCUGCCACCCCAAGGCACCUUAGCCCUGCCACCCUGCUGUCCCUGAGCUCUGCCCCUCCAUCAUCACUCUUGCUCCAUCUUAGCAGAAGUAACAUGGUCCACAGCCUUGCCUUGAGCAGGGCUGUUGAGCCCUCCACAUUCUGCUUGAGUCCUUGUCUUACAUCAGCAUUGAGUCACAGUUCCUCUCUCAGUUACACCCUAAAAUCGAGUUAUAUGAAGCUCCC